CCCGCUCCGCCCGACCAAGGUUAAGGAACAGGCAGAAGCACAGGGCGGGUAUGAUUCACAGUAUUGAGCAAGGUCCAGCGCAGCAGGCGCAAAAACGGCAACAGACGCGGAACACCGCGGAGGAUCCUGUCUCCGCUGGGACCAAAACGUGCCCAACGGAAACCUCAGAAAAAGCACGCUUACGCGCGUGAGCCGGGAUCCGAACACUGGCCGUGCUGGCUCACUCUUUGGCGAGGAGGGCGCACAAUCCCACGGCCGUGCCCAGCAGAGAAGGCGCCCGUGCAGCCCCGCAGACGCGUCAGGUCCCUCGAUCUGACUCCUGCACGGCAGCGCCCCCGCCUCCUGCAGAGAGGGCGCCGCCGCCAGCCCAAGGUCUCGCGAAAAAAUUGAGGGUAUAAGCGUAAACUGUCGGAGGUCUGCGCGGACUUCUCUGAUCUGCGCUGGACCCCCUCCCUGGCGCGAGGAGCGCGCUGGGGGCGGCGCCGGAGGCUCCGCGACGGGUUGCAGCGCCGAUCCGAGACAUUAGGGCGGACCUCGGGAAGUUUAGGGUUACAGUCAUCGUGCUACCAGAAGGAGCAUAUGAUGGGCCUGUUUUCCACCACCACCACCAUGAGUUGG